AUGCAGAGCUUCCUGAAGCUGCUGAAGGAGAGCAGGGGCACCUGCCCACCCCCGGCGGACCUGGUGGACCUUGCGGGAAAGCUGUGCCGGGACCUCCGGGAUGACCUUGCCCAGGUGGAGCCCUUGGUUGAUGCCGUGCUGGGGAGCCCACUCCGCCUGUACCUACUGGACAGAGAGGAUGUGGUCCUGGUGUGUGUGCUUGUCCUGGCCCGGAAGGAGCAACACCAGGCAGCCUGCAGGGUCCUGGAGGACUGUCGGGUGCCUGGAGGAAGCUUGGAGCUGGUGCAGCUCUGGAAUGACAUACACUACUGUCUGGCCAUGAGGAAGCUGGGUGUGGUCAUGCUGAGCCCCGUGCAGAAGUUCCGCUGUAGGAAGAGGAACCCACCACCGCCCUCCCUCUGUCCCGAGGGCCUGAGGAGUCGGAACUUCCCCAGGGAGGUUCGACAGAAGCUGCAAGACUUUGCCUCAGGCGUGAGCACCAACCCCAACAAGGCGCAGCGGGAGACCUUGUCGUCAGAGACAAGCCUAUCGGAGGAGCAGGUCUACAACUGGUUUGCCAAUUAUCGCCGGAAACGAAGAGCCCUUCUCCAGCACGUAGAACUGGCUGAGGGGAAGGCAGCACAAGGCCCUGAUGCCUGGGGGAGGGGUCUGGAUCCCCCUUGUCCCUCAGGGGACCCCCAUGCAGACCCUUGGUGUAGGGACAGGUCUCAGAGUUCAGGAUGUGAGGAAAUGGGGCCUCCAUGGUCCCCAGAGACCACUAAAGGAUUGUGGGCACCGCUGGUUCCUGCCCUGGGCCUUCCUGGAGACAAGAGGUUCUCAAAGCCACUGGCUCCCAGGUUCCUACAGGGUGGCGAGAUGCACCAGGAAGGUCCUGGCCAAGAUCCUGCUACCUUCACCCCAGUCUGCCCUGGCCCUGGCAUCUCCCCUCUGGCUGCUGUCGGCAGUGUGGUGGACCCAUCCCCAGCUGCCCCAGGGUCGUGGCUGAUGUCACUUGCACUGAUGUCCUCCAGCGAAGCCUCUAUCCAGCCUGGGAAAUCGGUCCACAGCCAGGGUCUGGGCUUCAGGAUGCCCUGUCCAGAUGCUGUCAUGACAGGUGGCCCCCGGGUUCAGGAGGUCACCGUGGUGGUGAACGUGGACAGAGUUGAGCUGACGUGUUGUUUUGUGUCUGAGAUCAGGAGCACCUUCAACCUAGUAGACUCAGGGAAGAAACGGACUGAGUUGUGGAAUUUCUUUCCUACAGGAUUCACUGACAUGCCCAGCGGGACCCCCCAGAGCAAGUAUCUGGAGGAAGGUCCAGGUACUGGUGGUGGACACAUGGAGCUACAGCCCCUGCUGCUGCCGCCGGAAUCCAUCUUUCCCCAAAGCCCCCAAGAACCGGCUCAGGCCACGUCCUCAUUCCCUCACCCUGAGUCCACCGUGGAGCUGAGCCAGCCCCAGACCUCCAGCCAGGAAAGAGAAGCAAGCGGAAGUUGGGGACUUCAUACCACCAAGAAAGUAGUGCCAGAAGAAGAGCGCAUCCUAGUCCGGAAGAAGAUUGAUGAGAAGGCUGACAGUGAAAGACUUCCCCUGAAGCUAACACCCUGA